AUGCUCUCAUCCAUGGUGGGCAUCUUUGGAGAUGUUGGCCAGUCUAGUUAUUGCGCCGGAAACAUAUAUCAGGACGCACUUGCACGAUAUCGAGUAUCAAUAGGCGAGAAAGCGUCCAGCAUUGACCUCGGCAUCGUGACGAGUGAGGGCUACGUCGCUGAGAACCAGGUAGUGAUGGAUCGUCUGACAAUGCUUAACCUUUUCCGUCCACUCUCGACAAGAGAGGUCCUCGCCCUUCUCGACUACGUUUGUAACCCCGAAUUGCCUCCCAGCAGACCCUUUCGAAGCCAGAUUGUCACUGGAUUUGAGUUGCCAGCCGACAUCGAGUCAAAAGGACGAGAUGUACCCAGCGCAAUGGAGCAGCCUUUCUUUUGGAAUAUGCGACAAGCAGAAUGUACACUCGAGCGUAGCGAGAACCUAGCGUCACAUAUACGCACGUUCUGGUCGGCAUUUACGGAAGCGACCUCAGAAGAUGCGGCGGCAUCGAUCGUCGCGGAAGCGCUGAAGAUGAAGGCCAGCCGUGUACUCGGAUUACCAGCGGAUCUGAUUAGUAUGAAUUAUGCACUAGACAGCUACGGUUUUGAUUCCUUGGUUGGCCUGGAGCUACAGAAUUGGUUGUCAAAGGAGUCGGGCGCUAACCUCGCUGUAUUCGACAUUCUGGGUGGAGCAACGCUACUGAGAAUUGGCCAGAUGGUAGCUGCGAAGAGCGCGCUAAAGACUCAAAGCUAG